GAGAACAUUCCUCCUUACUGAUGACUCCCUUGUCUUUAGAUUUUACUCUCUGCCCUGCUCAGUGAGCUUGAUACCUGUUUGGAACAUACUGUUUUUGAGGAGCAUAACCUUUUUUUUUUUUUUAAACUGGAAUCAGUCAUACGGCGAAAAAGAAGUCAUACCUUUUAGCAGUAUCCUACCCGAGGAUUUUUCAACGCUAUCAAACUUUUCUUUUCCAACAUUGCACUGCUUUUGUUGCUGUUUUUCUUUCUUUUUAUUGCUACUGCAGAAACGAGAAUAUAUUUCUUUCUAUGACACUAUGAUCUUUUCAACGGUGCCCUCUAAAGUUUAUUUUGCAAAGCAGCAGACGUAUGUCUCUCCAUCCAACCAUCACAUGGCUCCUCCAAGCCCCAACAACAACCACAAUAACAAUUCAACCUCCAACUCCAUCAGCAAUGGCAACAGCAGCAGCAGCAGCAGCAGCAGUGGGGGAGAGCAGUUGAGCAAAACCAACCUUUACAUCCGCGGCCUCCAUCCCGGGACCACAGACCAGGAUCUGGUCAAACUCUGUCAGCCGUAUGGAAAAAUUGUAUCCACCAAGGCCAUCCUGGACAAGACUACAAACAAGUGCAAAGGCUAUGGCUUCGUUGAUUUUGACAACCCGGCCUCGGCUCAGAAGGCGGUGACUGCGCUAAAAGCGGGUGGCGUGCAGGCUCAAAUGGCCAAGCAACAAGAGCAGGACCCCACCAACUUAUACAUCUCUAACCUGCCUCUAUCCAUGGACGAGCAGGAGCUGGAGACCAUGCUGAAGCCCUUCAGUCAAGCCAUUUCCACUCGCAUCCUCCGUGACGCCAAUGGUACCAGCCGAGGAGUAGGCUUUGCCAGGAUGGAGUCAACAGAGAAAUGUGAAGCCAUUAUCCAGCAUUUUAAUGGGAAAUAUAUCAAGACUCCACCUGGAGUUCCAGUGCCGUCAGAGCCCUUAUUGUGUAAAUUUGCUGAUGGAGGCCAGAAGAAGCGUCAGAGCCAAGGGAAAUAUCUACAGAAUGGGCGGCCCUGGGCAAGAGACGGGGAUAGUGGAGGAAUGACCCUAACCUAUGACCCCACCACAGCCUUACAGAAUGGGUUCUACUCCUCUCCUUAUAGCAUUGCUCCAAACCGGAUGAUCGGGCCGUCUUCUCUUUCCCCAUACAUGCAUUCACCUAUGUCCACGUACCAGGUACACAACCCAUCCUGGCUACAUCAUCAGUCAUACAUUAUGCCGCCCACAGGGGCAGUUUUGACACCAGGAAUGGACCACACCAUGUCCAUCCAGCCAACAUCCAUGAUGGGACCCCUGACGCAGCAGCUCAGCCACCUCUCCAUGGGCAGCAGUGGCACAGUCAGUAGAUUAUACAUGCCUGCAAACACAUCUAUGCAGGGGACCUAUAUCCCCCAGUACACCCAAGUGCCUGCCACCAACAUCUCAGUAGAGGAAAGUGCCGUCCCACCACCUGUUGCCAUAGAGACACCCACAGAACACACAACCUACCCCUACCAGCACAACAAAUGAAGAGUGUUAGACCCACCUCUGGAGCUGGAGUGACCCUCAAAGAGCUGAGGUGCUGAAAAACUCGGCACAGUGACUCUGCACGUAAGGCACCAAGAUGCUCCGGAGGAACACAGACUGUUAUGCAGAGAGGACAAACAAAAGAUAUUUUCUACAAACUCAUAUUUUAAAACAAAACUUCUUUUCUCCAAGCAAGCAAGGCUGGAGGACCACUCACAACAGGAUAUGGAAGAGCAGAAGAAGAAGCAUUUAUUUUAAUAACAGUCAUGACAGGACACACAGACACACACUAACACACACUGACACACACACACACACACACACGCAUUACACAGGUCUAAAAGGUUUCCGGGAAAAGAAAAUUUCCACACCAUGUUUUGUUUUUAGUCAUGUUAUGUUUUGACGUUUUGUAAGAUAUACUGUUUUCACUUCACUUUUUGUCUGGUAUGUCCCUGCUUAGAACCUGCCUUUUUGUACAUAAUGAUUUUUUUGCUGUGUUUCUAGCGUCAUGUGUCCUAGUUGAUUGGUUGGUGCAAACAUUUGAACUCAGAAGACUCAAAAGGAAAGCAGAGAUCUUUCCAAAAAAGCUAUGUUCUCAUACUGUAAACAGAUAUGGUGCUGACUUGGAUUAGUUUCUCUCCAACCUUACCUGAUGAGCUAUUGCUUUUUUUUGGCACUUGACUCUCAUAGUUUAGAGCUCAAAGAAUCUUAACAAAAAGCUUCAGACAAUCAAAAGAUGACAAAGAAGAGAGAAUUUAAGAGAAGAAGUCUUCAAAGAAUUUAAAGCAUUCCAGAGAUUAUCACAGAAAGUUCUGGAUAUUUUUGUCCGGUUGAGCUGCACCUCUUGAUAAAAUCCAAAGUUGUUUGGAGGAUCACAUUUCACACAGAGCUGCCUGUAAAUAAGAGAUUUAAAUGUAUGUCUGCUUUCUUUUGAUUUUCUUUCUCUGUGUAGUAAUGCUUCAAUUAUUAUGACAACAAAAUUGUCUACACAGUGCAAUUUAUGUUCAAUUGUGUCCCCUUUUAAGAAAGGGAAAUUAAAUCUCUUCUAUUCCCAUGUUAUUAUAGCAUAAAGGUUUUACUACACAGACAUGGAGAUCAACAGAUAAAGUGAAACUCUGCCCUGUUUUAUUUUCAAAAGAAACACUUCCAACAUGGAUUAUUAAGGUCAGCACAGAGAUUCUUUCAUACUGGCUGUUGCUGUUUUUGCAUCUACUUCUGCAUUUCAGUUUUUCAAUUCAUGGUUUUGUUUUUUUACAUUUCUUAUUUAAAUGUUUUUUUGUUUUGUAUCCAGUUUUUAAUACUUUUAAGAUUUGUCAUGUUUUCAAAGAAGUUCUGAUUUUAUUUUUAUAGUGUGUUGUGUGCUUCAAAAGUAAGAUAAUAGAUGUUUUCAACUUUUGAACGUUUUUUUUAAAUUGGAAAUUUAGUUUUUUCUUGUAUGAUUGUGUUCUUUUCACAGUCUGGUUUCAUGUUGUCAACAAGGCUUUAUGUUUUUCCUACAGAUGCUUCAGUUCUGUCUGUGUCACAAAUGUUGGCACUUUGUAACUUCUCAUCACAGGUCAUGUAUGCUAGGUUCAGAUGCAUUGUUACAGAUUGUUGUGCCCUAAGCAGUGGGCAAAAAACGUAAGAAAAGUUUAUGUUCAAAAACCUUGACUUACCUCAUCCUGCCAGAGCAAUGUAGAUUCAGUUUGUGUACAAGGUUUGCUGGCAAUAACCAACAACAGCAGGUCUCAUGGCUGUUCACAGCUGGUUCUGUGUCAACUUCCUUUAACUCUUCCGUCCAAUGUUCGGAAAACACACCAAGGUCUGACGAUCUAUGCAAUUUAUUUAUUAUCCUUAUAAAUGCAAUACUACAGAUAUCCAAGUAACACCUCACUCUAUGACUUCACAUCAGAGCUGUCAUGGCAUUCAUUUUUAUUAUACACAUGUUCUGAUUUGUUUGAUUCCUGACUGACUCGUCCGUUUUUGGUUCAUUCAUUGUUGCAUUAAAAGGGAACUAUUUCAAACCAAAAUGUGGUCGUUCAAAUGACUUUUAGGAAAUGUAGAAACUCUAGAAAAUCUAUUGCAGGUGUUCUUUGUGUGACUGGAGACGAGUUGCCUACACCAUGGGGUUGUGUCAAACGUUCCAUCCAGCUGUGGUUCCUAGUGUAGAAUUAAAUCUUCCGUGUUCGAUCACCUCUUGUUUGUGAACUGCUUUCUUGAAUAAUUUUUGCUGUUGUCUUCUUUUUUUAAACUAUGGAAGAGUUUAUUUCCUGGAGACAGUUCAGCUUCACAGAAAUGCCUUAGAUUUCACUGGAAAAGAUAAUGAAGGUUUGGAUUUGGUGUGCUUGAACUUUGACUGAAAUUUUGUUUUUCAUGCACUGCUAAUGUUGAAAAUAUUUUUUAUAUUGAACUACUCUGAAUAGAGAUCUAUGAAGCAAACUAUAAUUUACAAAUAUUCAUCACUUUCUCAUGUUACAUUUCUUUCUGUUCAAAAUACUGAAGAAAAACUGAAUGGUGAAACUAAAGAUUUAAGAUCUAUUGCUGCUAAUUAUGGAUUCAAUUCUAAAUGAAAGUAUUUAGAAGUCCUUUAGCUGAGGGUCAAUAGUUUUCAAGUCACAUUUUAGGGUCAGUUUGCUUCCUAUAUACAUCUUUGUCUGUGCGGUCUUUGUUUUGUGAAUCAACCUAUCCUCAGUCAAUGUCAGUCUGUGCCAUGAUGCAGGUCCUGUCUUCUUCUCUACAGCAAUUAAACUUUUAACUUGGUUUGAUUUUAA